AUGUCCAGCGGCUGUCGGUCAGUAUAGAGGAGGUUCCCCCUGAGAAGCUGAAGUGGAGCCCCAGUCAGUUUCAGGACCUUACAGAUGUAUUCAAACAGCGGCUGCUAACUGCGGCUCCAGAAGAUCUGAUCGGAGAUUUCGAGACAACAAUAUCCGGAUACGAGAAGGAGAUCGCCCGCAAACGAAAACUGCUAGAUGUGGUUUUAAAGCCUGAAAUAAAGCUGCGAAGAGCCGAUGUCCAGCAGCUGUCGGUUAAAGAAGAGGUUCCCCCUGAGCAGCAGCAGGAGUGGAGCCCCAGUCUGGACCAGGAGGACCCAGAGCCCCCACACAUUAAAGAGGAACAGGAGGAAGUCAGGACCAGAUUCUGGAGGAAACAGGACCAGGAUACAGGGGAUGAGAGGCCAGCAUUCAAGGGGUUCACUUUCUAGCUUCUUCCUUGUUUCGCUCUGUGUAAAGAUAGUGAAGAUGUUGAUGAUGAAGAGAAACCUCAGUCAUCACAGCUUCCUCAAAGACAAACUGAACAGAUGGAAACAGAUGAUGGAGAGGACUGUGGAGGACCAGAACCAGCCAGAAACUCAGAUCCAGAUGAACAUUCACAACCUGAUACGGAUGGUAAGACUGAAGACUCUUCUGAAUCUGAGACUGAUGAUAGCGACAAUGAUUUUAAAGAGACCAGAGAAUCUCAGUCAGGUGAUGUUACCAAUAUAAAGCCUUUGAGCUGUUCAGUUUGUAAGAAAUGUUUUUUGCACAUGAGAACUCACACAGGUGAGAAACCUUUCAGCUGCUCAGUGUGUGGUAAAAGCUUCAGUCAAAAGAGUCAUCUGCAGGUUCACAUGAGAACUCACACAGGUGAGAAACCAUUCAGCUGCUCAGUGUGCGAUAAAAGCUUCAGUCUAAAGAGUAAUCUGCAGUGACACAUGAGAACUCACACUGGUGAGAAACCAUUCAGCUGCUCAGUGUGCGAUAAAAGCUGUCAAAUCAAUUCUGAUUGAGUUCCAUUCCAGUACAGAUUAACACUGCAUGGAGUUAUUAAAAGUUAACACUGGAGGGUACAAUAACUCUGAGUGUUUCCUAAAACCAGAAAACGUACCAAACACACAUCCACAUCCAGUCUGGGCACAUUUAAGCCUGAGAUUUUUUCCAGGUAAGUAACCAUGAACUAAUCGUAAAUGCCUAACAAGCAUAUUUGAACUAGUUAACUGAGCCUGACAAACAAAACACUGCAUGAUAGAGGAGAAACUUCAAGCACUAAUGAAGCAACCUCGCCCUAACUUGCCAACAUCAAUGUUGUACACUGUGGUUUGGAUGAAAGUGUACAUGUUGUUCAUCAAAGGCACCAAGAGAAGAGGUUGACCUGCAAGGUAUGGCAUUCUUGAACUGGUGGAUUGCAUUCUUUUAACUCCAACAGCCAGGAGAUAGGGUUGAGCUCUAUCUCCUCAGUAGGAUCAGCUGCCAGCAAGAGUUCUUCAAGCUCACUUGUGGAUAGACGCUUUCUGCAUUGUUGGAUGAUAUUUUUCUUGAACAUGACCGACCACCUCUCCAGAAGCGUGCUUGAUGUAUCCUCUCCAAACAUCAGAAUGAAAUCCUGUUCAACUAUCUGACAGGCAACCUAAGUUAACGGGUGAUAGUUAAUGGAGUAUUACUACAACGCCUGUCUACCGAUAGAUAAUUACCAAGCCUUUGACGUCUUUAAAACGUGGAAAGUUGGACGGUAUGUUGCUCGACUGCUGGGGGUCAAGGACCAUGUUGCGGCGAUACACAAAUGUCAGUUUCAUUUUCUUCUUGACGGUGUCCUCAUCAGCUGAAUGUUUCAUCAGUGAGAUUGCUUCGUUGCACUCAUCUUCAGUCACGGCAGUCUCUGAAACUAACUCGGACUCUCGUCUGACAGUUGGUCCUCCAGACACGUCUUCACCAGAUGAUUCUUUGGCUGAUUCUACAUAACAUGGGAAAAUACAGUAUUAUAAAUACUGAUCGCUUGUCUUUAGCGGUGCCUUUCUGAAUAGUUUCAAUCCUCCAGGCCAAGUACCCAGUUCCACUCUAACUAUCAUAAUAGUGCUCCUUGGAGGAUGAAAGGAUAACAAAAAAAGAUCCGAUAGGAUUAAAAUUUUUUCAAUACAGCAUUUAACAUUACUACAACAAUUACUGUGUGCAACUCACAUAGCCAGUCUUAGAGAAUGGGUCACCGAGGUAGGGGAAUAAGGUCACUAUUCCUCUGGCGUACAUUUCUUUCAUUUGUCUGGGUGGGGAUGUACUGCAAGGAGAAAGGAGUUUGCAGUUAUAUUCACUGGAUUUAAUUUCGAUGUCAAAUUAAUCUCUAAGCUAGAUUCAGAACACAAGGACUGUUAACAAAUGACCCAUUAUUUUCUGCCAUGUCAGCUGCCAGUAUGUUCACCAU